CAGAGCUGCACCACCGACAGUGAGGAAGCCAUGAUGGAAAUGAAAAGUAUCCUAAAACCCAAAAAAAAGGUGAGCAUGCUGCUCUCUGGGGAGGACGGCAGCGCCACCCAGAGCAGUUCCAUCGGGGCCGUACGCUGGAACCUGCCCACCCAUGAUGAAAGCAGCCAGCCUCACAGCUCGGUCCCCAGCAGGCCCACCAACAGCCUCAAUAAACAGUCACAGCAACAAACUCGCCAAAACGGCCUGAAAGAUCUCCGCAGCCUGCAGGAGUGCGUGCAGUUUAUCCAGCAGUGGAAGGAACAGGUGGAUCAAGUGUGCAAGCAGGAACCUCUGGAUCCAGGAGAAGGCACCACGAAGGAAGCCCAGAGUUCACACGGGCGCAGCGAGCGCAGCCUCGAGGAGAGCAGGAAGCUGAUCCUGCAGUGGGCAGAUGAGCUCCGCGAUGUCGACAGGCUCCUGAAGGAGACUCCCUGGGUAUCUGACAGUCAAGAACACGAAACUAAAGACAAGGAUGCCAAAGAGGUGGCACACAUGAGGAUCAUGGAGUGGGCAAAGGAGCUGCAGGAGGCGAGCGAGCGUUGUGGCGUUCAGAGCAAUGAGCUGGGUAAAGUGCUGCGCGCGCUGACUCUGAAGAAGAACCGGCUGGCCAGACUGAUGCCUCUGCUGGAGUUCAUCACCUGGUCCCUGCUCAAGGAAGGAAGCACGAAAAUCGUCCCACAGUUGUGGCUGCUGGCAAAGCAAAAGUCCUGGGAAGCAGGAGUUCCUCGAUACAUCCCCAACUCAGUUUGGGGCUGGAUCUGCAGCGCAGCAGCUGAUGUGAUUCUUGACCCCAUGACCAACCACCCAUGGCUGCUGCUUUCAGAUGACAAGCGUAAAGUCCAGGAGUCCCACGUAGCGUUAGAGCAGCUUCAAAGCUCCCAGCGCUUCGACGACUGGCCCUGCGUGCUCGGCAGCGAUGGCUUCAGCAGCGGCCGCCACUACUGGGAGGUGGACAUAGCCAACAACGGCUACUGGCGCGUGGGCGUGACCACCGCUGACUCUGAGCGGCACGGGAAGUUCACCAUGAUGCCAAAGAAGGGCUACUGGGUGCUGUGGCGCAGCACGCACAAAUUCUACGCCUGCAGCAAGCCAGAAAAGGAGCUCCCCCUCAGCCUCGUGCCCAGGCGCAUGGGGGUCUACUUGGACUACGAAGAAGGGCAGAUCUCCUUCUACAACGCUGAAACCAAGUUCCACAUCUACACCUUCACUGGAACCUUCAGAGAGAAACUGUACCCUCUGUUCGCCCCAUUGGAUGGACGCACACUUAUGACAAUCAUCCCGCCAAACAACAUCUCAGGGAAAUGAGAGAUGGAAAAUCUCACUGGACUUUAAUUUGACUCAACCCUGUGAGGUCUAAGUCCCUAAUUAGUGAUAAUUAGGGAUUUUUUUGGCUUUAAAAAAGUGUCUUUUCUUGGCAACCAGGGGGACAAAAAUCACUCUAACUGAGAUCUGUCAAGAAACUAUUGCUUCUUGUAUUUUUCCGAAGCAUACAUAGGGUUAGGGUUGACUGUUGUCAUAGCUGCUCAGACCUCACAGGGUUGAAAAGAAAAGAAAAACCCAGAAUAUGCAUUAAAAGUAUAAAAGUAGGUCAUUAUAGAAAUUAAAAGUGUGUGUUCUCACUUUCAA